AUAGUAGUGGAAAACGUAAACAACUUCUAUUUAAAUUUUCACACGUGUUUGUAAUAAGAAGUUUCUUGCUACUAAAAAGUGUAAAUAUCAAUAUGAAUCGUAAUUAUCGAGCCCAGGGAAGAAGUACAGCUCACAUUCUUCAGUUGUUUAAUAAAAAAGCAAAUAAACCUGAGGUGGAGGAAGAAAAAUCGUUAGAUUCACAAGAGUCUUCGGAAGGUUCUCAAAGUGCAUCGUCCUCACAAAAGAAUCUGACAAACGUAUCAAACGAUGAUAAAAUCAAUGAUUCAAUUACUUAUAACGUUCUCAUCGGGAAAAAGUCUAACAAAAAGCAUAAAACAUGGGAUGAGGAUGGAAUUUUAAUAGUUAGUGGAACUAAAGCCGUUUUGAAGGAUCCUGAUGGAAAAUUUUUGGGAAAAUUGGCCGUAACUGCAGAAACUGCCACCGAAGGAUCGAUUCUAUCAAUGGGGGGAAAAGAAAUACAAAUAAUUGAUAGAGUUAGUUCGAAUAUUCCACAAAAAUCGGAGAAGAAGGAUGUAAUUUCAGAACCACCGUUGAAGAAAUUGAAAACUCAUAAUAAAUUCAUUCCACUGAGUAAAACAGGUAAAGGUCUCGGUGGACUGUUACAAAAUUACGAACCCCUAAUAAUGCCGAGGCCGAAUGAGGAAAUAAAUUGGACGGAAGAAAAUUGUCAAAUUCGUGAUGUAUCGCUCGACGCUUGUUUAGCAACUGUCUUAAGACCCCAUCAACGUUAUGGUCUUGUCUUUUUGUACAAAUGUAUAAUGGGCAUGAAUGAUCCAAAUUAUUUCGGUGCAAUUUUAGCCGACGAAAUGGGCCUGGGAAAAACUUUACAAUGCGUCGCUUUGACAUGGACUUUAUUGAAACAAGGUCCCUAUGGGAAGGCAAUAUUAAAACGAGUACUUGUUGUUGCGCCAAGUAGUUUGUGCGGAAAUUGGAACAAUGAAUUUAUCCGCUGGCUGGGUAUACAUAGAAUUUCCCCUUUUGUCAUUGAGGGGAAAAAGAAACCGAAAGAUUUUCUAAAAUCACCAAGAGCCUCGGUUAUGAUAAUCAGCUAUGAGAUGUUUGUCAGAAAUUUCGAAGAAGUCAAUGAAAUUGGUUUCGAUUUAUUGAUAUGCGACGAGGGACAUCGUCUUAAGAACAGUGAAUUAAAAUCUCUAAAGAUGCUGAAUCAAUUAACCUGUCGUAGGAGAAUUCUCCUGACAGGUACACCCGUUCAGAACGAUUUACAGGAACUUUAUACACUCGUCGAUUUUGUGAAUCCGGAUAUUCUCGAGACAAGUAAUUUCUUUAGGAAGCAUUAUGAAAAUCCAAUAGUGGCAUCACAAAAACCAGACGCAUCGGAGGAGGUAAUUUCCCUAGGUCAGGAGAGAGCCGAAGAACUUCAUGAGAAAACGAAAGUAUUCAUUCUACGAAGAACGAAUGAUUUGAUAAAUAAAUAUUUACCAUCAAAACACGAGUUGGUUAUAUUCUGUCGAUUAACACCCGAACAAAAUGAAAUUUACACAAAAGUAACGGAUCUUCUAAUCGAGAGGGAAUUACUAAAGACAAAUGUCAUGCCACUGGCGAUAAUAACGGCAUUGAAAAAAAUAUGCAAUCAUCCAAAUUUAUUUUUAAUCGAAAAAAGUAAUUUAAUCGAGGAAUUGAAAACGACCGAUUUUUGUAUGGAAAAAAGCUACGAAUCUUUUAAUUAUUCAGUGAAAAUGAAUGUCGUUCGGGCUUUGCUUAGAGAAUUGAAAGGAACAUCUGAAAAUGUGGUACUCGUCUCGUAUUUUACAAAAACACUCGAUUUAUUGGAGAAACUUUGUAAUUCUGAAGGGAUGUCCUCGUGUCGUUUGGACGGUAGUACGGCAACAACCGGAAGGACGAAAAUAGUCGAUAAAUUUAAUUCGAAAGGAAACACAACACGUGUAUUUCUAUUGAGUGCAAAAGCCGGUGGAGUUGGUUUAAAUCUCGUAGGAGCGUCUAGAUUAGUUUUAUUCGAUUCCGAUUGGAAUCCAGCUUCAGACGCACAGGCAAUGGCGAGAAUCUGGCGAGAUGGACAAAAGAAAUCUGUUUAUAUUUACAGACUUUUGACAACUGGCACAAUAGAGGAGAAGAUUUAUCAAAGACAAAUUAGUAAAACUAGUCUCAGUGAAGCUGUCGUCGAUGCAAAUCACCUUGCAUCCUUAAAAUUGUCAACCAGUGAAUUAAAGGAUUUGUUUACAUUAACAACGGACACUUGUUCCUUGACUCACGAUUUAAUGGAUUGUUCGUGUGAUAAAGAAGAUAUUGAAAAUGAAGACAAAGAAAAUGAUGUGAACCUUGACGAUUCUCGUAUUUGUCAAUUAGACCUACAAACAAAUUCCGAACAACCGAUAACAAUUAAUCAACUUCUUCGAUGGAAACAUUAUAAUUAUCCGGUUUCUGAAGAACUGUUGAAGGAAUUAUUAAUGGAACGAGUCUCUGAGUGUAUAACAUUUAUUUUUCAAAAUUCAAGCACUGAAAACUGAUUGUUUCCUAGUUUGAAAUAAUUACGGUAAAGUAUUAUUAUUCUAAGUCACAUUAAGAGUGAAAAUUAUGUUUAAAGUUUUUUAGACAGUCAAAUUGAAAUAAUACCUGAUAAUUUCAUUAAAAAAUCUAUAUUUUUCAUA